UGCCGAGCCGAGCCGAGCCGAGCCGGGCCAGGCAGGCGCAUGCAGGGCUCGGCGCGGCGGCGGCCGUUCCCGGCGGCGGCUCCGGGCUCCCCGCAGCCCUCCGGGCCGCUCUACGCGGGCAGGCAUGGGGCAGCAAAGAACGAGGACACCUCCAAGACCUCCCCGUUCCACCUCGACCUCUGGUUCUACUUCACACUGCAGAACUGGGUGCUGGACUUCGGCCGUCCCAUCGCCAUGAUAAUCCUGCCGCUGGAGUGGUUUCCCCUGAACAAACCGAGUGCUGGAGAUUAUUUCCACAUGGCUUACAAUGUUAUAACACCGUUUCUUCUGCUAAAGCUCAUCGAGCGCUCCCCAAAGACGCUGCCACGAUCCAUGGUGUACGUCAGCAUCAUCACGUUCGUGAUGGGCGCCAGCAUCCACCUGGUGGGCGACUCCGUCAACCACCGCCUCAUCUUCAGCGGCUACCAGCACCACCUGUCCGUCAGGGAGAACCCCAUCAUCAGGAACCUGAAGCCAGAGACGCUGAUUGAUUCCUUUGAGCUGCUGUAUUACUACGACGAGUAUUUGGGUCACUCGAUGUGGUACAUCCCCUUCUUCCUGAUCCUCUUCAUAUACUUCACCGGCUGCUUCACACCCAACGAGGAUGAGAGCAGGAUGCCAAUAUCUGCACUGCUGCUGACGGGGCCGAGCAGCCUCUAUUACUGGUACCUCGUGACCGAGGGGCAGAUCUUCAUCCUCUACAUCUUCACCUUCUUCGCCAUGAUGGCUCUGGUGAUGCACCAGAAGCGCAAAGGGCUGGUGUUGGACAGCAACGGGCUCUUCCUCUUCUACUCGUUCAUCAUCACCUUGGUUCUGAUUGCUGUGUGGGUGGUGUGGCUGUGGAACGACAAAACCCUCAGGAAGAAAUACCCCGGGGUGAUUUACAUCCCCGAGCCGUGGGCUUUUUACACCCUGCACAUGAGCAACCUCCAGGCGGCGAAGGAGAGUUUAUAGCUUUUGAUAUUUGGGAGCGAAUCAAAGGGAAAAAAUAAAUAAAUUAAAAAAAUAAAA